AUGUCAUCUGUUGCUCCUAACAAUAAUGAACCUAACCAGCAAAAUGGUGAUAAUGGUCCAAACUCUGGCACUGGUAAUGACAGUACGAGUCCAGUCCCACGGAAGAGACGUAGAUCUGACGGAGGAGAAAGUUCUGAGGACAAUAAUAACGAAAAUGAUGAUGGUGAAGUAGUUAAUGAUCAAAAUGAAAUUCUAAAUGCGAACACAGUGUUACCUUCCAACGAACAGGUAAACGAUACGCAUGAUCAAGAUGAAAAUAGUGAGACAUCUGCAGAUGUACGCGCAUAUCCUAAUGAUAUUGAGACAAGACGUAUAACUGAACUUGAACCCGAUUUUGAUUUAAAUAAUGCUUUUGAUGACGAGACACCAUCGAACACUGAACCAGUAACCGUUCCAAGUCCUGGUAUUGAUUCGGAAGUUGAAAAUAAUAUACAUAUAUCAAACGGCUCCACAGUAGAACCUGUCAAUUUAGCGACUCAGGAGACUGAGCCUAACGUGAUCUCAAACGGCGAAACUACCUCUAGAGAAAACAUUAGCGACACAUCGAACAAUCAGAAUAGAAAUACAUCGGAAGAUAUAAUCAUAUCUUCUGUCCAUAACGUGACACCGACAUUAAUCGAUGAUGAAGCAACAGAGCAACAAGUGGUGGAAAUUUCUGAUGAAGAAUUGGAAAAGGAGAUUGAGAGUAAGGCAGCCAGUAAAUAUAAAGCUGCUCGUGAUUACCAAUGUCCAAUCUGUUUUGAUCCACCAGAUACGGCUUUAAUUACACGUUGUGGACAUGUAUUUUGUUGUGAUUGCUUGUUCCACAUGGUCAAUAGUUCUAGAACAAAUAGAUCAAGCGGACAUUGUGCAUUGUGUAGAUCAAACGUGAAAUUUAAUGAUGUGAAACUAGUGAUAAUGAGAAAGAAGAGAGUGAAAAAGAGUUGA